AUGGAUAACUGUGGUAUAAGAAAAUCUAUUACGUCAAACAACGAUAAUAUUCUAAUUAACAGUAUCAAAACUGGUGACACACAUAAUUUAAAUUCACUUGGUUCAGAUGUAGAUAAUAAAGUUAAAUCUAAUAAUUCACAACUUUUGUCUGUAGAUGGUUGGGAGAAUUAUCAAAAAGAACUUAUACAGGUAUGUUUUGAAUUUUGGGAAGUAAACGAAACACAAGUUAAAGUAAACAAUAGUCUACAGUCUGAUUCAACAAAUGAGCUACAAACGCCGUCAUCAUUAUUUGCCAAUAAUUGUCACAGAAAUAUCAUUGAAUUUAAAUCAAAACCCACUACCGAUAAUAUUAUUAUUUCAGACAAAGUUCAAAACAAAGUAUGCAUCGAGAUUAAUGAUAAAUUUUUAAAAAGUAAAUAUGAAAACAACCCAGAUAUUCAAGGCUCUUCUAAAGCUAUAAAUAAUAAUAUAGAUGGAGAAAAAAAUAAAAAUAGUAUAAAAAUUGUCGACAACAGGGUAAAUAAAAGAACUAAAAAAAAAUUGAAAACAUUCUCUUUUUAUAAAAAUACGAGCAAUCAAGUCAAAUCAUCUAAAAAAGUACAACCAUUAACUUUUGAUACAUCGUGCAGUUUAGAAGACUUAUGGAAAUAUAAAAAAUGGUUGGAUUCAGUUGAUAAAGUUAAAAAAUAUACUUCAGAUAUAAAUAUUAAUGAUGAAAAUAUUAAAGAAAAUAAUUAUUCUGAUAAAGCAUACUGUGAUAAAACAAAUAAUUGCAAUACAUAUUCAUUAGAUUUUGAAGCAAAAGAAAUGGAACAAAAAUUUCGAAAACUAAUCAAAUCAUUAAAUGAAAAAGAUAAAUUGUUCUCAAGAGUAGGAAUAAAUGAGCAAUCGACUAAAUUUGGAUCAUCAAAUAAAUUUAAAUAUUUUUUAAAAAAUGCUUUUCGAGGAACUCACAACGAAUUAGAUACACACAUUUUAGAUGACUACACAAAAUUUAUCAAUCACAAAUUGCAUACAUGGCAAAGUUUAUUGAAUUGUUUAGAAGAUAUUAGACAAAGAAAGUCUUCUAAAAUAAAAAUGUAUAACCCUUUGGAAGAUACAAUUAAGUAUAGAUUUUCUGAAAUAAAUUUUCACGAUUUGAAAACGAUGGAUGACUACGAUUAUAAUAAUUCCAAAUUUUUCGAGAUUAACGAUAAUUUUAGUGAAAUGGAAAAGCAGAAAAAAAACAAAUUUUUCAAAUUGCUCAAUAAAAAAAAAAGUACUAUGGACAUGGGUACUUUGGUUAAACAAACUACAGAACAAAAUAGUACCGAUAAUAUCCGAGUAAAUAAUUACCAAUGCAUAUCGAAUCAAAUCAUUGAUAAUAAAAUACUUAAAAUGGACACGGCAAUUUUAGACGUGGAGAAAAAUCGGAAAUCUUCGGGUGAGAUUAAGAAAAGUUUAUCAGAUACCGAUCUACUAGUCUUAACAUCAGAUUACGACAAGAAAUUAAAUAAAAUUGGAAACAAAAUUACCAGAAUCAGUGGAGAAAAAUUAAACAGCAUUGAAAUGUCGAUGACAAACGAAGAAUACAAUCGUCAUUGGGAUAGUAUGACUAAAGAAUCGUGGGAGGAACGGCAGGAGACAUUCCAGACGGCUGUGGCUCGUUUAGAGUAUGUAGGAUGCACAUUUAAGGAACAAUGUCGUUUGAAUGGAUUGAAAACCUUAUGCAAGGUAGAUGUUUUGGCGAGCUUUGGGUAUUCAGCCGAAGCUGUCGAUCUUUUUGUAUCUACUCUGCCAUUAAGUAAAAACCCUGAUUUAAUGAUUCGAAAAGCCGAAGCAGCAUAUGAUUGGAAGUUUUUCUGUCAUCUUUCUAUGUGGCGUCACUCCUAUAAGGAUUGAAAAAUAAAUUAAAAAUUACUUGAU